AUGGACCACAAGAAAAAAUUGCGCCGUGCCACGCGUUCACAGUUUACCAAAAUUGCCGGUCAGCUAAACCAAGCCGAAGGCAAUGAUCGCGAGACAUAUUUAAAAUUAUUAGCAGAGGUCUACGCAAAAUUACAAAGCUUAGAUAGAGAAAUCGAAGAUCUAAUGGGCGAAUGUUCGGAAGCGGAAUUGGAAAAAGAGCUCGAUGAGGUGAUGGCGUAUCACAAAAGAUUCAUCAGCAUCGAAGCCAUAGAAGUAAAUAAAUGUUCAAUUUUGAAAGAAAAUAUAAGAAAGUAUAAAUUGCCUCCCCUAGAAACCAAAAAAUUUGAUGGACAAGUUAAAAAUUGGCUUCCAUUUUGGGGACAGUUUCAAAAGAUUGAUGAGGAUAAAUCCUUAGACGACUCGGAUAAGUUCCAGUAUCUAAUUCAAGCUAUGACACCAGGCACCGAGACCCUGAUGGUUAAAAUAGUCAAUGGUGACAAGGAGGUGACAGUUCGUGCUCUUAUUGAUAAUGGUGCUCAAAGGUCAUAUUUAAAAAGAGAUGUGGCACAAAAAUUAGGCUUAAAAAGUUCAGAAAUUACAGAUUUUUGGUCACUGGAGUUGCUCGGCAUCAAAGAUCCUGUGGGGAAUAAGAAUAGGGUGCAAACAGAAGCUGAAGCUGUCAUCUUAUUUGAAGAAACCAUCACAGUCAACAGCGAGGGACGAUAUGAAGUGGCACUACCCUUCAAGGUAGGCCAUGAAGAAUUGCAGAGCAACCGUGGCCUGGCUGAAAAGAGAUUGGUAUCUAGUACCAAGCUUUUGAAGUCUGAAGGUAAAGAAGAGAAAACAA